AUGAUUAUUUCAGAGAAGAACAGAAGAGAAAUCUCUAAGUACCUCUUUCAAGAGGGAGUUUGCUAUGCAAAGAAGGAUUUCAACCUUGCAAAGCACCCGGAGAUUGAUGUUCCCAAUCUCCAGGUUAUUAAGCUCAUGCAGAGCUUCAAAUCCAAGGAAUAUGUUCGUGAGACAUUUGCAUGGAUGCACUACUACUGGUAUCUUACCAAUGACGGCAUUGAGUUUUUGAGGACAUACCUGAAUCUUCCAUCAGAAAUUGUUCCUGCCACCUUGAAGAAACAAGCAAAGCCUGCUGGUGGUCGGCCAUUUGGUGGCCCACCUGGUGACCGUCCCCGUGGCCCACCUCGCUUUGAAGGAGACCGUCCAAGAUUUGGUGACCGUGAUGGUUAUCGCGGAGGCCCUCGAGGGGGUGAAGGUGGUGAGAAGGGAGGUGCUCCAGCAGAUUACCAGCCUGCAUUUAGGGGCUCUGGUGGAAGGCCAGGAUUUGGUCGUGGAGGAGGAGGUUAUGGCGCGGCACAAACUAGUUCUCCUGACUUUCCUUGA